AUGGAAGAAGGUGUCCCACAAGGCAGCGUAUUGAGUGUUACCUGCUUUGCCAUUGCAAUUGAUAAUAUUAUGAAAUCUGUUUCUGCUCCAGUUAGGGCUUCACUGUUUGUGGAUGACUUUGCCAUCUACGUCACCACAUACGACGCUGUAUCAGCUUGUAACUACCUGAAAAAGGUAAUAAACGUCAUCAGUAAAUGGGUUGAUGAACAUGGUUCCCGAUUUUCUUCAUCUAAAUCUAUGGCCGUUCUGUUCACCAGAUGUACCCGCAAUGAAACUAUUCCUAAUUUGAAACUGAAGGACUGUCUUAUUCCUUACCAAAAUGAAGUCAAGUUUUUGGGCUUGAUAUUUGACAGCAAGUUAACGUGGCGCAGUCACAUUGACUCUCUAAAUACAAAGGUUAAAAAAUCCAUUAAUAUUUUAAAAAUGGUAUCAGGAUUCAACUGGGGAGCCGAUAAGAAAAGUUUACUGAAGUUGUAUUAUUCCUUAUUUAAAUCACAACUGUACUAUGGCUGUCAGGUGUAUUCAUCUGCCAGCAUGUCCAGGUUAAAAGAAUUGGACAUAGUUCAUAAUAUGGGAUUAAGGAUAUGUACAGGUGCUUUCAGGACAUCUGUUGAGAGUAUCUACAUUGACUCUCAUGAACUUCCUUUAGAUCUGCGAAGAGAAGAGCUUGGGUUGCGGUACACCAUGCGACUCAAAAGCUCUUGA